CCAUGAUGAACAGGCUGGUCUGUUCUGGGCAUACCUGUGGGAAGACAGAUUCCUAGAACUGGAACUGCAGGUUUCAGGGCAUCCGCCUCCUACAUUCAUCCCGCCAGGCGACUCUACCUCCACCUCCUCUCAUACCCCGUGCGUCUUAGUCCCUUCCCUUCCCCCCAGCACUGGGCCUGGCACAGAGGAGGCCCUCAGGAUAGGUUUGAUGAAUGAAAGAAUGAGCCCUCCUUCCCUUCCCUUAUCACCUCUGCUGUCACCUCCCUUGUCACUCUGUCCCCACCCUCCCCUUCAGUUCAGACCUCAGCCCUUACAUCCAGACCUUGACUGCUUCCUCCUCACUGGCCUCCCAGCCUCCUGGCUGCCUCUGCAUGGGCUGCCCACCCAGGUGACCUAUAUUAACAGCUGUUCUUAGGUCUUAUUAGGGAUCCCCGAGGGACUCAAGGUCGGGCAUGAAGUCACUUGCCCUAAGGGUGCUUCUCCUGUGCUGGGGAGCAUGGGGCUCUGGGCAUGAAAGUUGUCACAGACAACACAAGUCGUGUCUUGUCUCUGGACCUCAAUUUCCCCCUCUCUAUUCAUUUGUUUAACAAAUAUUUGAGAACCUGCUUUGUACCAGGCCUAUAACCCAGAUCCAAUCAUAAUGACUUUGAAGCAGGCUGUAUAAGGACCAGAGGUAAUGAUAAACUGCACUCAGUAUGUCAUCUGGGGUGCACUGGGUGCCCAUUAAAUGGUGGCUGUGGUCAUUAUUGAUAUCAUUGACAAGGAUCAGGGAAUGAUUCCUAGAAAGGAUGACAUUAGGGUUGGGCCUUCAUAAACGGGUGGAGCAUCACAGGUAGAGAUGAAGAGGACAGACUUCCAGAUGGAAGGCAUACCAUGAGCCAAGUUUCAAAUGUGGAAAAACCCAUGUGGAUUCAGAAUCCUGAAGGGGUUGGGGAGUCCCGGAGGCCAGGAUCAGGAGUUGGACUCUGUCCUGGGUAAACAGGGCAGGGACAAUGCCCAUUCUCUCUGGGACUGAGGAAGGAAAUGCUCCUAUACCCUGCUGGCUCCAGCCUGGGUGGAGUGGACCUAGGGCAGUGGGGAGGAGUCUGGCUUCACAUGCUGCCACCAGUCUGGCCCUCAUAUAAGCUGCCAUCUUCCCUCUGGUCCCACAGCAAGAUGGACCGACUGUGGGCCCCACUCUCCCUGAUGCUCCUGCUCCUUGGGGGACCCAUCUGCUUGAGAAUCCAAGAGUCACCCAGCUGCUCAGAACCCAGGGAACUGGAAGCCAGCAAAAUUGUCCUCCUGCCCAGUUGUCCUGGAGCCCCAGGAUGUCCUGGGGAGAAGGGGGUUCCAGAUCCUCAAGGGCAACCUGGACCACCAGGCAAGAUGGGCCCCAAGGGUGACCCUGGAGAUCCAGCAGAUGUGCUCCGGUGCCAGGAGGGCCCCGGGAGCUGCCCGGAGCUGCUGAGCCAGGGGAACACAUUGAGUGGCUGAUACCGUCUGUGCCUACCUGAGGCCAGGGUCCUCCCAGUCUUUUGUGACAUGGACUCAUCAGGGGGUGGCUGGCUGGCAUUCCAGAGGUGCCGGCAUGGUUCUGUGGAUUUCUUUCGCUCUUGGGCCUCCUACAAAGCAGGUUUUGGGAGCCAAGAGUCUGAAUUCUGGCUGGGGAAUGAGAAUUUAUACCAGCUUACUCUCCAGAGUACCUGGGAGCUUCGGGUGGAGCUGGAGGACUUUAAUGGCACCUGUACCUUUGCUCACUGUGGGACCUUCUGCCUCCUUGGGGAGGCAGAUCACUACCAGCUUGUGCUGGGUCAGUUCUCAGGGGGUAGAGCAGGGGACUCCCUGAGUUUCCACAGUGGGAAGCCCUUCACCACCUGUGAUGCUGGCCACGAUACAAACAGGGGCAAUUGUGUGAUGGGCGUUCAUGGUGCCUGGUGAUAUGGAUUCUGCUAUACAUCCAAUCUCAAUGGGCGCUACGCAGCAUCUGAGGCCACAGCCCACAAGUAUGGCAUCAACUGGGAGUCAGGCUGCGGUGUGGGCUACCCCUAUCACAGGGUUUGGAUGAUGCUUCGCUAGGGCACCCUGGCAGCCCACACCCUUAUCUGUCCUGUACA